AUGGCGCUUCGAGAACGGUCGAAAAUGAUGAGCGUGACUGUGGACGCAAUCAAGACUAUCCAAGACUUCGUCGACAACUACGAUGCCGAAGUUGACCAAAGUAAAAUCAAAUCUAGAUUGAUGAGAUUGGAUCAACUGUACAGCCGAUUUGAAGCCGUCUCCAUUGAGGUGGAAUUGUUGAUGGACGAGGAGGCUGAGACGAAGGCCACAUUUACGAAAAACCGUAGUGAAAUGGAAGAUACAUACUAUGCGCUGCGUGACUUCCUCACCUUGAACAAACCCGACAAACUCUCCUCUCCCCACUCUUCCCACGUUUCUUCGUCCGUUGUGCGAUUACCGAAGAUCGAUCUUCCGACAUUCGAUGGUGAGAUCGAUAAUUGGAUCCCUUUUCAUGAUGCCUACCGUAGCUUGAUCCACAAUAAUAAGGAUCUUGCUGCCGUCGACAAGUUCCAUUAUCUAAUGGCGGCACUGAAGGAUCCAGUAAAGCGACUACUGGAAACAACGAGCAUCACAGGGAACAACUACAAGAUCGCCUGGGAUCUUCUAGUCAGUCAGUACGACAAUAAGCGCCUCUUAAUUAAGAACCACAUCAAUUCUCUUUUCAAUGUAGAACCUGUUGAAGAGGAGUCUUCUGUUGCAAUUCUAGCACUGGUUGAUUAUUUUGAACGACAUGUGAAGAUUCUGACGACGUUGGGAGAGCCAACCACAGAAUGGAGCUCUCUGUUAGUGCACAUGGUGUGUAGUCGCUUGGACCAGAGCAUCUUGAGGGACUGGGAGAGGUCAACCAGCAACAAUAAGAAGAAGAUUCCAACAUACAGUGAACUGAUUACUUUUUUGAAGGAUCACGCUAGGAUCCUGUUUUCACUGAACAGUGGAAGCAUUACGCCUCUUUGUCCGAUGGAGAAAUCACAUCAAUCUGGUGCUUACACCGCAGCCGUUUCGAAUCCCUCUCCACCGAAAGCGACCAGUUGCAUUGCAUGCAACCAAUCCCACCGCAUCUACGACUGCGAAGAAUUCAAACGAAUGGAACUAGAUCAGAAGCAAGACACCGUCCGGAGGAAGAAGUUGUGCUGGAACUGUCUGGGGUCCAGUCACUUCAGCCGUGAAUGCUCGUCCAAACCCUGUCGGAAAUGCAACGAGAACCACCACACAUUGCUGCAUCCGUUCACCCCCAAUGACCGUUGCACUCGACCCCAAUCAAACCCACCAGAUCAAUAUGUUUCUGAUUGUAACGACGAGUCUGUGAUCCCUGCACUGUUAUCACUUCCCUCUCCACUUGCCUCCACCACUACACCCGCCACCCAACAGCCUACUUUCAACUCGCUAGCUGCAGCAAACUCGUACAAAACCAGCCUCCCAACAGUCUUGCUGUCUACAGCCGUGGUAAAGGUCCAUGGCCCUUCGGGACGGUCCACACUCGUCCGAACUCUGCUGGACUCUUGCUCGGAGUCGAAUUUUAUCACCGACCGGAUUGUUCAGCUUCUGGGACUGAAUCGACGAAAGCAGCCAGCUGUUAUCGCCGGAAUGGGUGGAUCUACAGUAAACAGUCACCAGUGCACCAUUGCCACAUUCAGUUCCGUUGAUUCCACCUACUCGAACACGUUGACGUUCAACAUUCUUCCCACAAUCACCAACGAUCUGCCCGGAAAGAGAGUUGACACUUCUGAUUGGGACCUUCCUUCGACUGUGAUCUUAGCCGAUCCCGAUUUUGCCAAGCCACGGAGCAUCGACAUGGUUAUCGGUGCUCAGCUUUUCUUCAGCCUUCUGCGAGAAGGUCAACUAUCUGUCGCUGCCGGUUCUCCGGCGAAUCAGCCAAUUCUCCAACGCACCGUGCUCGGUUGGGUGGUCAGUGGUCCUGUAACCACAAAAGACCAGUCACAAAAAGCAAGACCGCUCGCUCUGCUGUGCACCACUGUUCGUCACGUGAAGCCUCAACAAGCUUGUUAUGUUCGGCGGCCUCCGGGAGGUCGCGGUCCAGUCGAGGAAAAACUACUUCCAACAAAUCGACAUUUGCAAAAUCGUAAACUACAGCAACUCGUGGUCCAGCACCGCACUCUUCGAAAACCAGCGUUGAUUGGGCGUUUCCAUGCUGAUUCUUCUGAAGGACAACCACGAGUCUCCGCUCAAGUGUAA